AUGCGUGUGCUUCACACUGAGGCUAGCAUCCGAGCAGAUGUUGAAGCAACGCGCCAACUCUUCAAAGCCGCACCAGGUGCUUCAGAAAAGGAUUUGUGCAGCCCUUCUGUUGUGCGCAGUCGCAGUGCUGGGAAGCUUUCGCCGUUGCCCCUUGACGAGCGGGCGCCGCACUACAGGACUGCCAGCCUUGGCUGCUCGAACCGAUUGACCUCAGACCUUGCAAGCUUUCCCCAAGUUGCGGAGCUUGGCAGCGGCGGCUUCGAGGCUGCCAGCAGCAAGGUGAAGGUGGUGCCGGAGAGCAACGGGCCAGCCUCGGCAAGUUCAGCCGUGCUGGUGUUCGACAGCGAAGAUGAGGCUCUCAUUGCCUGGAGCCAGACCGUUGGCCUGGACGACGUCGAUGUUGAGGGCGACCUUACCUUGCCGGCUGACUGA